AACAAUCCCACUGGUACCUGUCCACAACAAUUAGGUUUGCAUUUGCACGCCACUUCCUCCCAAGCCUUGACAAAUAGGCACAUUUGAUGGAUCACUUUGAUGCACGGAUCGAAGCUGAGAGAAAGGAGAUGGAGAAGAACUCGGCUGGCCACAGCUUGAGGAUGCCAAUGGCGAAGCUCACCACCAUGUUCCAUGGCCGAAGGGUCAGAGCCUAUAACGCCAUUCCCCGAGAUAAGCAGGCACGGGCGAUACUACUCAUCGCGGCCGCCGCGACCAAAACGCCCGCUAUCGUUGGCCCCAGUGCCGCUACGGCCGCCGCCUUGCUCGGGCCGCUGCUGACGAGAUCGUUGUCGCUUCAAAGCUCGACGGCGGGAGAGCCACCGCAGGUCGAGCUGCAAGCUGAACUGCCCAUGGCGAGGCGGAAAUCGCUGCAGCGCUUCCUCGAGAAGCGCCAGAACCGGUUGGUGAGCGCAGCUCCAUAUGCUUCAGCAAAGUCAUUAGACAUGGAAGGUGACUCUGAGAGGCGCCCUCAACUCAACUCAGCUAGCCUGCUUGCUAUGACAGCCAAAUCCACAGGCAACUGAGUCAAUGGAUCAUCCACUGUUAUCAGAAACAAUAUUAUGACGCUUUAGAUGAACCAUGAUGGACUAUGGGUAUCACUGUUAUGAUGAGCUUGCAGUAUCCAGAAA